ACAGUUUAUGCAUACUAUUUAUGGAAGUAGACCAUGUCUGAAAUAAAAUGUUGUCACGUCGUUGCUGGCGUAAUUAUUUGGCGCAAAUGAUAUUAUAUCACGCAAUAUAUUAUAACGUAUGUCAAAACGCACAUUCUCUCGGUUUCGGUUUCAUUUUUCCGGAAGAAUAUUGAAUCCACACGGCACUUAACUAGCAAAAUUUUGUAACUGCCUGCCGCUUUCCUCCAAUGAAAAACACACGCACACCUUGUUAAAUCCUGGAAACGAUACAUUUUCACUUUUGUUCGAAGUCGCAGAAAUCAAUAAAACCGAGGAAGUCGCAGAGAUCAUCAAGAAGGCAUCUGGAUUCCUGUACAAGCGCAAUUACUGUAUUAUCUGUAAAGCUCAAGCGAGAUUUAGCUGCCUGCUAUCUGCCAGUGAAACAACGAACCAACACACACCCUGAUAAAUCUUGGAAACCAUUUUACAUGUGUCUAAAGUCACAGAGAUCAAGAAGGCUUUAUCUGGAUUGCUGUAGUGCAGUCGACUGUAUGAUUCAAAAAAGCUCAAGGGCAGAAGAGAACACAGGAAAAUAAGAAGUUAAAAGGUUUUUACAACAAAAGCUUAAAACAUGGAAACUCAAGACUCUGAUGUUACAGAGGCAGUAAAAGCAUCGGGAGAGUCAACACUGGAAAAAGCUAAAGCAAAAGCUUUGGCAGAAUUUGACCAGAUGUUAAAUGUUUCACUUAACAUUGCCAUAACAGGAAAUACAGGAUCUGGCAAAUCUUCUUUUGUAAAUGCACUUAGAGGUCUGUGCGAUGAUGAUGAGGGUUCAGCCCCUACUGGAGUUACAGAAACUACAAUGGAGGCCACCAUGUAUGAGCAACCUGGAAUGCCAAAUGUGAAAAUCUGGGAUCUGCCUGGAAUAGGAAGCCCAAACUUUAAAGCAAAUAAAUAUCUUAAGGAUGUCAAAUUUGACACUUAUGAUUUCUUCAUUAUCCUUAGCUCAGAGAGGUUCCAUCAGAACGACAUCAUGCUAGCUAAAGAAAUAAAGAAGAAGAAGAAAAACUUCUACUUUGUUCGUUCUAAGAUUGACAAUGACAUCUCUGCAGAGCAAAGGAAGAAAGGAUUCGAUGAGCAGAAGGUUCUUUCCAAAAUAAGGGAAGACUGUAAGAACAACCUUAAAGAAAUAGGAAACCCCAACGUUUUCUUGAUCUCAUCUUUUGAAUUGGAGAAAUAUGAUUUUGAAAAGCUCAGAAACACACUAGAAAAAGAGCUACCGAAACAUAAGAGAUCUGCUCUCCUACAAGCCUGGCCAGUAUGCUCUGCUGAAUCUCUUGAAGAGAAGAUCAAGUUUUUUAAAGGGCUGAUCUGGGCUGCAUCUCUUGCCUCUGCAGGAAUAGCAGUGGUCCCUGUGCCUGGCCUAUCAGUAGCAUGUGAUACAGCCAUGGUGUUAUCGUUCCUUGUGAGGUGCUACUACGCGUUUGGCUUGGACGAUCGUUCACUCAGCAGACUUUCAGAAAAAGUGAAAGUUCCACUGAUAAAUUAUUUGGGGAAAUCAAAGAUUGCUGCUGCAAUCCGAGAGAAAACACUGACCAGGAUACAAGUCUCUUCAGCGUUAGCAGUGACGGUUACCGCUGAAUAUGUGCUGAGUCUUGUUCCAGGUUUGGGCAGUGUUGCAGCUGCAGGAUUGUCUUUUGCUACCACAAUGUAUGUUUUGAGAGAGGGCUUAAAUGAACUGGCAAAUACUGCUCGGGAAAUCAGAAAAGUAGCUGGACUGGAUGCAGUUUGCGAUAACUUUUACAGUGAAAAAUCAGGCAUAAUGGCCGAUUGUUCUGCCUACAUGGAUUUCUCUAAAGCUUUGCAGACACUAGGAGAACAAGACCCAAAUGCAGCUGCUACAAAGGCUAAAGAACAACUUGAUGCUUUUGACAAUGUAGUUCUGAACAUUGCUGUGACUGGAGAAACAGGAACAGGCAAGUCUGCUUUCAUUAAUGCUUUUCGAGGUCUGGGUGAUGAUGAAGAUAUGUCUGCACCUACUGGAAUCACCAAAACCACAAAUGAUGUUACCAUGUACACCCAUCCCACGAAGCCAAAUGUGAAACUCUAUGACUUGCCAGGGAUUGGUGUGCCAAACCUCAAGGCAGACCAAUAUCUCAAUGAAGUCAAAUUUGAGAUUUAUGACUUAUUUAUUAUCAUUUCGUCCGCAAGGUUUAAGGAAAAUGAUGUCUUUUUGGCCAAGGAGAUAAAAAAAAAGCAAAAGCACUUUUAUUUUGUCAGAAGCAAGAUUGACAAUGACAUUCACUCUGCGUCACACCGCAGAAACUUCAAUGAGGAUCAGGUGCUUUGCACAAUCAGAGAAAACUGCUGCAAAAACUUGAAGGACGUUGGAAACCCAGAGGUGUUCUUAAUUUCCUCUUAUGACCUGGAGAAAUAUGACUUCCAAAAGCUGGUAGAUACCAUAGAGUCAGAGCUUUCAGAACAUAAGAGAUUUGCUCUUGUUCAGUGUGUGCCGGUUUGUUCACUCGCUAUGCUAGAGAAGAAGAAAAAAAUGAUGGAGAAUAUUGCUAUUCUUGCAGCUUUGGCCUCAGGCCUUGGUGGGUAUUUGUCUAUGCCUUUACUGUCUGUGGUUGUUGACAAGGCAGUUCUUGUGGCCUUUUUUAUGAGUUGCCGUUAUGCAUUCGGAAUGAAUGACCAAUCACUUGAGAAGCUUUCAGAAAAAGUGAACAAACCUGUCUCACUGUUGAAAUCUCCAAUAAAGUCUCCUUUUGGGUUGGCACUAGUAGACCGAUUGAGUGUUAUGCCUCAUGUCACUAUGUCAAAACCAGUUACAAGCUUAAAUGACUUGCUUGAUGAGAAAUUUAUUGUGAAAAGGAGUCAAAAUGCUGCUAUGGCAUUUACCAAUACAUAUACUGGCCUAAAUAAAGCUCUAAAUGAAAUGAUGGAAGAUAUGACAGAAGUUCUCAAAGUGGCAGGUUUGGAUUAAUGAAAGCAAACUGGUACGACAAAGGAAUGCGAAGUUAUCCCCUUUGUCCAGGUCUAAGAAAUACACAGUGAAAGUUACUGAAAAUACUGUCCAAUAAUGUAAUUUUUAUUGUUUUACAUUGCAUAUAAAUAAUGUGUAUUAAAACAAAUAUGUGUAACACUGUACUGUUUAAAAGGAUUUGGUAAUGCUUAUUUAAGUUGAACUGUAGUACUAAUGUUAUACAGUAACUGUAAGUGACAUUGUUUACUGUUUCAAAAUGCACAAAAAGGCUUCAGGCCACUAUGUUUCACAUUAACGACUGGAUUUUAAAAUCUACUUGAUUUUUUCAGUAUUCUGUAAACGUGUGUAUUUGUUUAUGGUGUAUGAUAUCAACAAAUUUAUUUGGAUUGUCAGUGUGAUUGCUAUGUAACAUUAGUAGUGCCACUACUUUUUACAAGAAAUGUAACGCUGAAUGGAGUUUGGGUUGAAAUUACUUUUGUAUGGGUAUGUGAAUAAUUAUUAAAACAUAUUAGAGGAAAAAACAAUAUAUUUUUAUUAAUAUUGAGUUUCAGAACAGAAUAUUUCUGGAAAAUGGCUUAACAAAUAAUUGUAAACUUUAACAUAUUGUGCAUUAUUUAUUAAAUGAUUGUGCAACACACUCCAGC